CUCAUUCUAAAUAUUAGACUAAAGAGCUAUGCCAUUUCUUACAGUGACCAAUUACACAAAAGCUUUUGAGUAUUACUUGGUCCAUUCAAUACAGGCACCUGUCAAUCAAACAUAUGACUAAUCAGAAGAUUCCAAGUUGAAAAACUUUAACUCUUUGGGUUCUAUGAUGUCACAAUGCAUAGAGGGAGCUUAUAGAACCUUUGGUGUGAGAUCACUGGCUCUGAAGGAUCCUGGGUUCAGUUGCUUGCCGACUCCUUGCCGUUCACACAUCCACUGCCCUUUCGUCAGCGUUUGUUAUUGAUCGAGUGUUUACUACUGCUUUACUUUACCUUAUAUCUUUAUUCAUCGUACAAUCUGCACCAGGUAGGAGUUCUCUUUUGCUUCAUUGUUACAUUUCCACAAACCAAAACACAUUUGACAACCUAUAGAAUGAGUAUUAUUUCAAUAGAGUGUGGGUAAUAAAACCUGUUGCCACCUAAAUUUCUGUAACAACAUAUAGGAGAUGGAGAAGUGUAGGCUACAGUCCAUCUCUACAGCCUUUGUUUAUAUAUUCCCAUAUGGUUUAGUUUGUGUUGACCUUCAGCAGACCUGAUCUAAUCCGUAACAUUUGAUUAUCACGGGUGUGUAGGUGUUGUUGCUGGAGCUGGUUCCUUGUUGACCAUGGACCCCGGGUCUCCGGGCUCCGGCCCAGGUUCCAGCCCGCAUGGCCCAGAUGUACAACGGGUUGAGUCCCUGACCGACACCCUGCCUUCGCCGGUGAUCGAUCAGAGCCACUCGGCGAAGCUUGUGGCUUCCCAGCUGCAGCCUCAGCCGCGAGCCCUCCAGUCCGGGCUCUGGCUGAAGGCCCUGCACCUCCUCCUGGCCCUGAAGGGGCUCGUCUGCUCCUUCCCGUUGGUCCAGCAGGUGCUGCAGCUCCAGAGAAGCCUGUUGAGGAGCUUUGGAUCCGCCACACAGGACCUGCUGGCUCUCCUGGCCUCCAUCGCCCGUGGCUUCACUGAGGCAGCGUUGACCCUCUACAGGUCUCUCCGUGGGGCCUUCCCUCCGGGCACCACCUUCCCAUGUGGGACUUCACCCAGGGAAGAGGACUCCACAGAGAGGACCUUCUUCUCUCGGCCCCCGCUGGGGGAGAAGCUGGGCCGUCACUCUGGUGUUGUUGCUGGAGCUGGUUCCUUGUUGACCAUGGACCCCGGGUCUCUGGGCUCCGGCCCAGGUUCCAGCCCGCAUGGCCCAGAUGUACAACGGGUUGAGUCCCUGACCGACACCCUGCCUUCGCCGGUGAUCGAUCAGAGCCACUCAGCGACGCUUGUGGCUUCCCAGCUGCAGCCUCAGCCGCGAGCCCUCCAGUCCGGGCUCUGGCUGAAGGCCCUGCACCUCCUCCUGGCCCUGAAGGGUCUCGUCUGCUCCUUCCCGUUGGUCCAGCAGGUGCUGCAGCUCCAGAGAAGCCUGUUGAGGAGCUUUGGAUCCGCCACACAGGACCUGCUGGCUCUCCUGGCCUCCAUCGCCCGUGGCUUCACUGAGGCAGCGUUGACCCUCUACAGGUCUCUCCGUGGGGCCUUCCCUCCGGGCACCACCUUCCCAUGUGGGACUUCACCCAGGGAAGAGGACUCCACAGAGAGGACCUUCUUCUCUCGGCCCCCGCUGGGGGAGAAGCUGGGCCGUCACUCUGGUGUUGUUCCUGGAGUUGGUUCCUUGUUAGGGAACAUUGACCCCGGUUCUCCGAGCUCCGGCCCAGGUUCCUCCCCACAUGACACGGAUGAAGAAUGGUUUGAGUCCCUGACCGACACCCUCUCUGUUCCGGUGAUCAUCCACAGCGUCUCACUGAAGCUUAUGCUGUGCCAGCUGCUCCUGCAGCUGGAGCCGCGAGCCCUUCGGACGGGGAUCUCGCUGAAGGCCCAGUGCCUCCUCCGGGACCUGAAGGAGCUGCUCUGCUCCUUCCCGUGGGUCCAGGUGACGGAGGAGAAACAGGAGGCCAACACCUUCCGCCAGUCCACCGCUGUCUACCAGGUAACCCAGCGUGUGCUGGACAGCCUGGAGCGGACCCUGGGCCCCAGGUGUGUUCUGAGGGAAGCAGGGGCCUUCUCCUCCCUGCUCCUCCAACACCACCUGCUCCACCUGGUGGCUCUCAACACGGCCCGGCUGCUUCCAGACGAGGAGUCUGCGCGUCAGCAGAGACAGGUGGUGGCUGCCCCCCGCCCUCUCCCUCCACCCUUCUCCGUCAGCUCUGAGCUGGUGGAGGUCCUCCUGGUUCAGCUGGUGCUCACGCUGCACCCUGUGGACGCUUCUGGGGACCAGGCGCUGAGUCCCCGGGACCUCCAGGAGCUGUUGGACCAUUUGACCGCAGUCAUCCAUCGUAUCCUGGACCACACCCCCGGGGUGGCUGUGGACAGCGGCUCUCCCCUUCCACGGUGCAACACCCUGCGGCCGGUGCUGCAGCUCCAGAGCACCCUGUUGAGGGAGUUUGAGUCGGCCACACAGGAACUGCUGGCUCGGAGAGACCCAGCUCUCCUGGCCUCCAUCGCCAAUGGUGUCGCUGAGGCAGUGUUGACCAUCUACAGGUCUCUCCGUGGGGCCUUCCCUCCGGGCACCACCUUUCCAUGUGGGACUUCAACCAGGGAAGUGGACUCCAUAGAGAGGACCUCCUCCCAGACCUCUGUGGAGGACAGGGAGGAACAAAAGGAUGACCAGAGGAAAGCCCAUAACCUCUGCCCUCUGGUUGAGGUCCCUCUGCUUGAGGUCCCUCUGCUUGUGGUCCCUCUGGUUGAGGUCCCUCUGCCUGAGGUCCCUCUGCUUGAGGGACCCCCCAUUUUCACGAAAGGGAAAAGAAAAACAGUGACCUGGAAGGAUCCUCUGGAGAGUACGGAGCCGGUCGCUACGUACUCUCAGAAGAAGAAGCGGAGGAAGAAGAAGUGGUACUCUUGCUUCAGAGGACUGUUCUGUUGUUGCAGUGGCCAGUCAGAAUAAAAAUAAAAAUUACAGUAGUAAGUAUAUUUUAAUGGUUGUUGAUUCA